AUGUCGGUGGGAGAGGCGAGCACGGGCGGAUGUUGUGUGGAACGGGAGCGGAGGGAAGCCGGCGAUGUGUUGAGACAGGGCGAGGGGGCGAUGCUGUUGGAGAAGGAAGGAGGGCCGGUGAGCAUGCUGUGCGAGCGCGAGAGGAGGAGGGCGGAGCUGCUGCUGCACCCGGCGAGACGGGCCGGAUGUGUGCAGGGUUACCUGACCUACAUGGACGAGAACGGAGAUGCCGAGGGCAACUAUACGGUGCUGUCGCGACAACCGCUCGCCUCCAGCUACGUUAACUACUCCAUGCUGCCCGUCGGCCGGUUCUUCAUCGACGAAGACGGUGGCUUGCCGAUGUUUGCUCUCGUAAAAGACCGCCAGGUGGCUUGGAUCGGAGGCCAUCCGCCCGUAGACGAGCCCCCGUGUGGCUACCGAGGAGAGAGAUGCAUUGAACCGCCAGCAUCACAGGUGUCGAGCUCGUCCUCGGUGAGCAUCGACUCUCGUGUCGCCUUCACGCCUCAGAUCUUCGCCAAGAUCGGCCAUCACAAGGGCACGGUGGUCGUCAUCAAAAAGCUGUCCUUCCACAAGAAGAGCAUCGAUAUCUCGCGAACAACGAAGAAGGAGAUGAAAGUGAUGCGCGACAUGCGACAUGAUAAUGUCAACGCGUUUAUCGGAGCAUCGGUCGAGCAGUCCUGCAUUCACCUGGUGACGGAGUACUGCGCCAAGGGUAGUCUACAGGACAUACUCGAGAACGAGAACAUGAAGUUGGAUUCGAUGUUCAUAGCAUCACUGGUCGAGGACCUCAUUCGCGGCAUGAUGUUCCUUCAUGACUCGGACAUCAAGUACCACGGCAACUUGAAGUCAUCGAACUGCGUAGUCAACAGUCGCUGGGUGCUGCAGAUUACAGACUUCGGCCUCCACGAGCUGCGAUCGAACGUCGAGACCGAGUCCGAGUACCAGCUGCACAAGAAUCUACUGUGGAAGGCGCCAGAGUUGAUCUGUGGUAACUGCGAGUAUAAGAAGUGCACGCAGAAGGGCGAUGUCUACUCGUUCGGCAUUAUUCUUUACGAAAUCAUCGCCAGAGAUGGACCGUACGGCGACAUGAAUCUCUCACCUAAAGAGAUCGUUGGCCGCAUACGUGAUCCGUCGCUCUGCGCUGGUGGCGCCGCCUACUUCCGGCCAAACAUUGCGCGACUCGAGUGCGCGAAUUACAUCAAGGAAUGCAUGCGAGACUGCUGGCAUCAGAAACCGGAACUGAGGCCGGAUUUCCGCCAGAUACGAGCGAGGCUGCGGAAGAUGAGGGACGGCAUACCCGUCGCUCGGCAGCUGAUGAGGGGAGAGGCCGUCGACCCGGAGUCGUUCGAGGCGGCGACGAUCUACUUCAGCGACAUCGUCGGCUUCACGGCCAUGUCCGCCGAGAGCACGCCGCUAGAGGUCACUGAUUGUCCGUGCGUCGCUGGUGUGGUCGGCCUCACGAUGCCUCGCUACUGCCUCUUCGGAGAUUCCGUUAACACGGCUUCCCGCAUGGAGUCGAACGGCGAGC